AACGGGGCACAGUGUAGCAGCGCCACCUUACGAUUUACAUUUACUUUGCAGGGUUGUUUUCACAAGGAGCGGACGAGUUAUUGGUAAAUCCGCGUCUAGGCUCCUUUGGCAUUGAAGUUGCAGGUCACUGGUAAAAUAAGGACCAGUAGAAAGGAUGUCGUCAUCGGAAAGAGGAAAGAAAAAUGGACGACGAAGACGACAAAACAGACGCAGGCAGAAAGAGCAGGACCAGACUAGUGUGCCGGGAUGUUUUCAUGAUCAACAUCAAGGAAGAAACAGAACAACUGAAAGUGACUCACAGUCGUCAGAUAGACCUUUCCAUAGCCAAGGAGAAAGAAAAGGACACAGUCCUCAACACAGUACUUAUCUUGACAGAGUACAAGAAACCUAUAAUCAACAACAAAGUUCAACACGGAGUCCAGUAGCAUCUAGUUCUAGCAGACAAGAAAAAGACCACAGUGAAGGUACAACUACAAGUAAACCCAUAAAUGGACUGAGAAAUGGUGGUGCAAGCGGCUUUGGAAACAAAGGACAGCGUAGAAACUCGUGGAGAAAUUCGCGGCAAAGACACGGCGAGAAUGAAACAAGUCUGAGGACUAAUACUAAUACUGGUAGUAGGACAGGUGGACAUUACAAUGCGAGAGACAGAUGGAAAAGCAAAACAGCUGGCCAAGAUUCCUUCAGAGAGGAAAGGCCAAGGAAAGGGCAGAGAAAGAGGAGCCGACAAGAAUGUGGGGAUGGGAAGUCAGGUGAUGCAGUUGCUAGGUUACCUGCAGGAGGGGUCAAAGGUCAGGGGUCAUCACCUGUGGCUGCCUCCAGCAGUCAAGAUGCAGGUGGACAACAGGCUGUGUCUGAGAUCCCAGGUUUUUAUUAUGACCCAGAGAAGAAGAAAUACUUCCGUGUGCUGCCCGGUCACAACAACUACAACCCCCUCACUACCGCCCACAUCCAGCAGAAACGGCAGGAGGAGACCCGGCAAGAGCUGCUGAAACAGGACAGGAACAGGACUGUACCAAAGGCCAGGGACAGCACAAGAACAGCCUGCUGUGGUCCUCACCUCCUUCUGAAGAGACAGCUCGGACAGUUUUCAUCUGGUCUGUCACAGAGGUGUGCUGAAGAGAGUUUCCUUGUUGAAAUGGAGAAACAGAAGCUGAUAGUUAACCUGUACGACUCCUCCACUCCAGAUACUGUCAACUUCUUAGCACUAGAGCCUGACAGCAGGUGCAAGCGGCUGCUGGCCCUGUCAGAUGCAAGGCGUAUCAGCAGCUGUCAGCUUGACUUUGUCUCAUUCAUGUCUCUCAACACCCUGGAUUCCAUGCAAAAGUCCUACAUGCAGUACUUCACUCCAGGAAAGGUGACAGGUAUUUGCUGGGCCUCUGUAACCGGACCAGAGUCCCACGCCCUAUUUUCAGUGUUAGAUGAAGGACCAGACACACCGUCAUGUGCAAGGCUCGUGUGUGCCGAGGUCAUGGCAAAUGAACAUCUUAUACCUGGCCCAGGUGGUGCAGGCCUUGUACGGGGUCGUAACUAUGAGGUCAAGUCUGCCUGGACCUGUGCUUGGAACUCCAACCCUGUCUUCUCCAAGUGCUUUAGUGUUGGUGCCAACAACAGCAGUGUGGUGAUUGACGCAUUUACCGGAGAGAGAGACAUCAUCAACACCAAGAGUGAUGUCUUUGCACAGAGAUUCUGUAGUACGUCUCCAGUGUUACUGAGUGGCACAAGAAGAGGUGAGAUCUUGGGGAGCGACCUGAGAGUGCGUACCAGAUGUCGUGGCUCGGCCAUGACGCUCCGCCACAAGUCUUCGGUCUGCUGUCUGCGCCUGCUGCAGGAUGAGAACUACCUUCUGGCCAGUGACAUGCAGGGCAAGAUCAAACUGUGGGACCUGCGUGUGCAGAGAUGGGUACAGGACUACCCUGGUCACGUGAACCAGUAUGCUCACAUACCUCUCAUUGUGGAUUCUCAGGAAAAGUUCAUUUUUGCAGUUGGCCAGGACUGUCACACCCGUAUGUGGAGCCUGCAGGACGGUCAGCUGCUGAGGACCAUCCCUUCUCUCCACCCGGCCACACAGGCGUCCAGACCUACCAUAGCCUUCUCCUGGGGCUGGGGUGGGGAGGGGGGCACCCCCGGGCUACUCAUGGGCAUCAAGGACGAGUUGUACUGGUACAAGCUUGGGCUGUCUGAAUGAAAGAC